AUGGGUGUAACGAAUAGGAAGAAAGAUAUCAAAGAAACCAUAGAGGAUGUUAAAGAAGUAGUUGAGGAGAAGAACAGUGUAACCAGUGAAAACAAUAAUAGUGUUAAUGAAGUGGGUAAUGAAGCAUUGGAUCAUUAUAAACAAUUACCACCUUAUAGAUUCAAAUUAAGAAAUAGAUGUUUACCCAUUAUAAGGAAAGAAACAGAAAUCUUAGCGUCAUUACAAGCCAAACUCAGAAAUCCCAUACUAGAUUAUUAUUUUGCCUGGACUGCUAAUUUAGCUAGUCAUACAUUUUAUGUUUUAAUGUUACCAUUAUCUAAUUGGUUUGGAUCAGCCUCGUUAGCAAGAGAUUUGGUAUUUGUAUUAGGGAUUGGGAUUUAUUUAAGUGGGAACUUGAAGGAUUUCUUAUGUUUACCAAGACCAAGAUCUCCUCCUUUACAUAGAAUCACAAUGAGUUCUUAUACAACUCAAGAAUAUGGAUUUCCUUCAAGUCAUAGUGCUAAUGCUACAGCAGUUACAUUACUUAUGGCAGAUAAAGUUUUACAGAUGGCCAUUUCAUAUCAAACUAAAGUCAUUUUGAUGAUUUGUUUUGUAAUUUAUUACGUAUCAUUAAUCUUUGGUAGACUUUAUUGUGGUAUGCAUGGGUUUUUCGAUAUUUUGACUGGUUCAGUUGUAGGAGUUUUCCUUUAUUUAUUCAGGAAAUUCUUUGGUGAAGCUUGGGAUAAUUGGUUUAUCUUUAAUAAUACUUUUGGAGUUUAUACCACACCAUUUGUAAUUAUUGGAUUCUAUUUAAUGUUAGUUCAUAUUCAUUUUGAACCAAUUGAUGAUUGUCCUUGUUUUGAUGAUUCUGUAGCAUUUAUUGGAGUUUUAAUUGGAUUGGAUUUAAGUCAUUGGUUAGCUCAAGUAACAGGAUUUUUUUUAAAAAUCACUACCAAUCAGGAUAUUAAUCCUAUAAUCAUUGAUUAUAAUUAUGAACAUAUCGGGUUAAUAAAAUCAAUUAUUAGGGUUAUUAUGGGGAUUUCUAUGGUAGUGGUUUGGCAAUUAGUAUCUAAAAGAAUUGUCUUCACUAUUUUACCUCCAGUUUAUAAAUUUAUUGGUAUUAAUUUACCCAGAAGAAAUUAUAAAAGUACCGCAAGUUCCAAACAAUCAAAUAGAACUAUUAGAAGUCAAUCAAUUUCAAAUUUGAAUGAAGAAGAGAAAGUGUCCAUCAUCAAAAAAGAUAAAAUUGGGAUUGAAACAGAUAUUGAUUAUUAUGAAAUGGUCAAUCAUGAAGUGGUAACACCAGAAAUUCAAAGGAAAGCUAAAGUGUUUAAACCAAGAUAUGAUGUAGAAAUUAUUGGGAGAUUAAUAGUGUAUGCCGGAAUUUCAGUUGUUACAGUAUGGGGAUUUGCUUUGGGUACUCAUUACUUUAAAUUAUCAUGA